CACUUCAAGCUCUACAAAAAGAACUAUUUAUUAUCUUUUUUUCUUUCUUUUCAUGUUUGCAAAAUUUGGCUUUCUUUACACUUAUGAACUCGUACAUGGAAAUCUCCUUCGAAUUUCGAAAGCUUAACAUUUCAGAUAUUAGAAAUAAUUAUCGACACAAAAGAAUUCUUACAAAGUUCUUUUCUUGAAGACUAAGUUACGAAAAGUACUUUCUUGCGCAUGAGAGACAAAGAUCUCUUCAACAAUGAAGAUUCAUUUUCUUUCUUUAUUAUAGUUAUUCCCAAUAUUCCCAUCGAUGCUCAAUGGUCACAAAAUGGAAAGACCGUUGCUGGAGAUAAUGGAUGCGGCAAUGCCACAAAUCAACUCGCGGAUCCUGGCGGUCUCUUCGUUGAUGAUGAUCAAACGAUGAUCAUUGCUGACUUCUGGAAUGAUCGCAUCGUCCAAUGGAAGAUGGGUGAUACGAAUGGACAAGUCGUAGCCGGCGGCAAGGGCCAAGGAAAACGAUUGGAUCAAUUGAAUGAGCCAAUCAAUGUGCUCAUCGACAAAGAGACUGAUAGUCUCAUUAUCUGCGAUUGUAGAAAUCGACGAGUCGUACGAUGGUCUCGUCGUAGUGGCACAACUCAAGGAGAAAUCCUCAUCGACAACAUCGUUUGUCGGGGAUUGUUCAUGGAUGAUCAGAGAUAUCUCUACGUCUCUGAUGUCGAAAAACAUGAAGUCAGUCGAUAUCAAAUAGGAGACAAGAAUGGAAUUAUCGUAGCUGGUGGAAAUGGCAAAGGUGCUGGUCUCAAUCAACUCAACUUUCCGGCCUACAUAUUUGUUGAUCAACAACAGACUGUUUACGUGUCAGACAACAACAAUCAUCGUGUCAUUAAAUGGAAUAAAGGUGCAAAAGAAGGCACUGUCGUCGCUGGAGGUCAAGACAAAGGAAAUGCUCUCACACAAUUGUCAAAUCCUACCGGACUUUUCGUCGAUACGUUGGGUACCCUCUAUGUGGCAGACAACGUGAAUCAUCGAGUAAUGCGUUGGCCUAAAGGAGCAAAACAGGGUACUGUUAUUGUGGGUGGAAAUGGUGAAGGAGCAGGAGCAAAUCAAUUUCAAUAUCUCCGUGGUUUGUCCUUCGAUCGACAAGGCAAUCUCUAUGUCAUCGAUUUUUAUAAUAAUCGUGUUCAAUUUUUUUCAAUUCAAUAA